AUGGCCGUAGAAAACUACAACACUUCCCUUCCGGCAACGGCGUCCUCAACUCCGAUGAUUCGUCGAUUGGGUACUUUCUUCUCGACCAGGAUUCGUGAGAACCACCUGAGACGGCUCAGCUCCACGGCUUCAUCCUCCGCGGCUCUUCGCCAGCCUCAAGCUUCCGACGCGCCAUCUCCCUCUCCCUCUCAAUCUGAAUCUCUCGUCGCCGUUCACAUGACCGAUAAUUGCGUUCGGAGAAUGAAAGAGUUGCAAUCUCAUGAAGGGAAGGAAAAGAUGCUUCGAUUGAGCAUAGAAGCUGGAGGUUGUUCUGGUUUUCAGUAUAACUUUUCUCUUGACGAUAAAAGCGAUUCAGAUGACAGAGUAUUUGAACGUGAAGGGGUGAAAUUGGUUGUUGAUAAAAUAUCUCUUGACUUCGUAAAGGGUGCAACUGUUGAUUAUGUUGAAGAGCUUAUUCGUUCAGCCUUCCAGGUAUCCGCGAACCCGAGUGCUGUGGGAGGUUGCAGCUGUAAAGUUUCCUUUAUGGUGUAA